AAAAUUUCUCAUCGACACAAACAUACGACUAGUACUACGAAAGUAACUAUUUGGACCUACUCCGAAUAGAACAUAAAUCUCCAUCCGCAGCGGCGGGGAGAGACAGAGAUGAGGUGCCCGUACUGCUCGGCGGGGCAAGGACGGUGCGCCACCACGAGCGGCGGUCGUUCCAUAACGGAGUGCAGUUCCUGCGGUCGCGUAGUGGAGGAGCGUCAGUCCCACCCCCACCACCUCUUCCACCUCCGCGCCCAAGACAACCCUCUCUGCCUCGUCACGUCCGACCUUCCUUCCCUCCAAUCCCACCACCACCCCAACGACAACAACAACGCCGCCGACGACGACGACCCCUUCGAGCCCACCGGCUUCAUCACCGCCUUCUCCACCUGGUCCCUCGAGCCCACCCCCCUCUUCCUCCGCUCCUCCCUCUCCUUCUCCGGCCACCUCGCCGAGCUCGAACGAACCCUAGAAUCCUCUUCUUCUUCGAACUCGUCUUCAUCGUCGUCGUCGACGGUGGUGGUCGAUAAUCUUAGGGCGUAUAUGCAGAUUAUCGAUGUGGCUUCGAUUCUGGGAUUGGACUGCGACAUUUCCGACCACGCCUUUCAGCUCUUUAGGGAUUGCUGCUCCGCUACUUGUUUGAGGAAUCGCAGCGUUGAGGCUCUCGCCACUGCGGCUCUUGUCCAGGCCAUUAGGGAAGCUCAAGAGCCUAGAACCCUCCAGGAAAUUUCCAUUGCAGCCAAUGUACCCCAGAAGGAAAUUGGGAAGUACAUCAAGAUACUAGGAGAAGCUCUUCAACUAAGUCAGCCCAUCAACAGCAACUCCAUAUCAGUGCAUAUGCCUAGAUUUUGCACACUUCUUCAGCUCAACAAAUCUGCUCAGGAACUGGCAACUCACAUUGGAGAAGUUGUCAUCAAUAAGUGCUUCUGCACUCGCAGAAAUCCCAUUAGCAUAUCUGCAGCUGCUAUAUAUUUAGCCUGCCAACUCGAAGACAAACGCAAGACACAGGCAGAGAUUUGUAAGGUGACUGGUCUUACUGAAGUCACUCUCCGAAAAGUCUACAAGGAGCUGUUGGAAAAUUGGGACGAUCUGCUCCCAUCUAACUACACUCCAGCUGUUCCUCCAGAAAGAGCAUUUCCCACAACGGUAAUUGCAUCAGGCCGCUCUUCGGGAUCCAAAGGGGAUUUCACCGAAGUGGCUGCUGCUUUGGGCAGGGAGAAGCAGCCUGAAAUGAAACCCAAUAAACCAAAUGAUGUCUUGGAACCCAGCCAUCAAGUCCGAGUUAAAGAGGAAGCUGAGAGUAAAGGUAAUUCUCGCGGGGCUCAUACUUCUGCAUUGAACUGUUCAAGCGUUCUUUGGCAAACUCAACUUCCAUUUGGGGCUUUUGGUGUGAGGACAACUAGCGAGAAGGGUCAGAAUGUCAGUAGAGGAAUGCACAUUGACGAGGCGCAGCCGGACCAUCAACUAGUAGAUCAGAAGAUAGAUAUAGACUCAAAGGGUGUGACUAGCUCUUCAAGCAAUCAACAGUUUAGACCCCCAACUUCAUUGGGCCCUUCUUCAAAUUUUCAAUAUUUUGGGCAGCCAUCGAAGCUCGCACCGGGUUACGUUGAGCUUAAAAGUUUGGCAGGUCAAAAUGGAAAUACAAGUGCCAAACAAUGAUUUGAAUAUGGUUUUCUUAUAUAUAUAGUCUGUAAUUACAAUGUCGGGAUGUAUCGGAGGUACUGGGUCUGACCAGACUUUCGUUUGCACCUUUUGGAGAGGUUGUUGUAUUGAACUCUAGUUUUUUAUGUGCCAAAGGCUACUUGGAAUCUUUGGGUUUGACUAGAGUUUCAUUUGUUCACUUUGGAAAGGUUGUAGUAAAAGCCUACAAUGUCACCAUGCGGCUCUCCAGUUUUUCAAGUGCCAAAGACUACUAAUCUGGAGAGGUUGUUGUAAUGCCAAUGGACGGUACAAAA